UGAAAGCCUAGAACUUAGUUUUAUGCUUCUAGGAUGUGACUAAAGUUAAUCGGCUUACUGAGAAGAACGAAAAUAUUAGAAAAGACUUGGGGACGAAGACUACAAGUCUACAUAGCCAGAUUUAUUUGUGCCACUCUUGGCCUUGUCCAAAUUCCACCCUUUCUUGCUCCGCCAAAGCGGAUGUAACUUUAGUUGUGGAGAAGUCGGAAGACAAAGCUGCUGAGCGUAAUCGUUAUUCAAACACAGAGGCGACAAUGGAAAAUCCAAUCAUGAAAGAUGAAGAUGCAUCGAGUAGAAUUCGGGAGUCUUUCCGUCAAAUGUGGAGGAAGAUAUUUGUAGCAUCAUGUCUGCUUGCUGUUUUAUUGGAUCCAUUGUUUCUCUACGUUCCUAUGAUGAAGAAUGAUAUCAAGUGCCUGCUGUCUGACAGAAACUUGAAGAUCGCCGCUCUUCUUUUAAGAUCACUCACCGAUCUUUUCUAUAUAUUGGACAUUAUUUUUCAAAUUUAUACAUCUGACAAGUAUUCGCGUCCCAUGAAUGUAUAUCAUGAAACGCGAAUGUACUGGCCGACCAUAAGUAUUCGGAGGAGAGAUGGUGUGCCAACAAUAGCUAAGAUAAUCUUAGGGUCAUACAAUGUCUUAAUUGACAUUUUGGCCAUUCUUCCGCUUCCACAGGUAGCAAUUCUCAUUUUCUUUUCAGAAAUGAGCGACUUGAGAUCUUUGACGACCAUAAGGAUGGUUACCAUGAACCUUUUUGUUUUAUUGCAAUAUGUGCCACGAGCUCUUCGCAUCUACUUAUCAUGUAAGGAACUUAAAAGGACUCCUAAAAAAGACAUUGGAGAGACUGCCAAAUGGGUUAAAGGUGUCUUGAAUUUCUUUAUGUACAUCCUUUCUAGUUAUGUACUUGGUGCCAUAUGCUACUUUUUCGCUAUUCAACGUAUGGCCACUUGUUGGCAUAAUGUAUGUCGCAAAGCAAAUGGAU